AUGACAUUAGAAAUAUUGAACAGAGCUAAAGAUUAUGGUGUCAUCAAAGGAACAGAAAUAUUAUUAACCAAUUUUAAUAUACGUAAAGAAGAUAUUCCAAAACAAUUUAUUUUGCCAACUGAAGUAAAUAUCAAUGCUUUUAAAUUUGGAGUUAAUGAAAAUUUAGUCCAAUUACAGAAACAUCAAACACUUAAAUCUAAAAUAUUGUUCGACGCAGUUUGGCUACUUGGUAGUGCAUUGUUACAUUUAGAGAAAUCAAAUGAGUUUAAUUCAACGGAGCCAAGAUCAUUUUGUAAUAUGGACGAAGAUAAUUCAGAGGCCAUUCCAUGGAAUUUCGGUGAGAAAUUACUAGAGACAAUGAAAAAUAUUCCUGUGAAAGAAAAAAACCAAAUCUUUUCAACAAAAGACAUUAAAUUUGAUGAUACUGGUGAAAGAAUCGGAUUUGUAGUUGAAAUUUAUGAACUUAAAACCCAAGUUAAGGUAGCUACUUGGAACUCUGAUGGAAUUGUAGAUUUUCAUAAGAACAAUGAAAAGGAAUUUAGUAUUGGUAAACCGCAUUUUAGAAUUGUGAGCCGAUUAACUGCUCCUUAUUUAACUGAAAAAAUUGCAGAAAGUGGGGAUGUUUUAUAUGGUAAUGAGAGAUAUGAAGGUUUCUUAUGUGAUUUAAUUUAUGUAUUAUCAAAACAAAUGAAAUUUAAUUAUUCAAUUUAUAUUGCGAGUGAUAACUAUUAUGGAUCUUUUGAUUUCAAAAGGAACGAAUGGAAUGGAAUCAUUGGAGAGAUAGUUGAUGGCAAAGCAGAUAUAGGAAUGGCUGAUUUAACAGUAACAAGCAAAAGAUAUGAAGCUAUUGAUUUCACCAUACCAUACAUGCAGUUGGGAAUAAGUGCUUUAAUUUAUAAUGAUCCACAACCAGUUCCAAAAUUAUUUUCAUUUUUACAACCAUUCAAUCUAGAAGUUUGGUAUUUCAUGAUAGCAGCAUAUUUAGCAACUUUGACAAUUUUAAUAUUACUUAUAAGAAUUGCUAUUAGUAGGUAUGAAGAUUUUUUGAAGUCUAAUUCAAAUUCUAUUUGGAAAGUAAGGGAUGUUGCUUGGGUAACAAUUAAAUCAUUUAUGAUUCAAAAAACUAAUUGUUUACCAAGGUAA